AUGGCCAUUCCUUGCGCUCCAUUCAUCGCCUCCGAGAAGCUAUCCACAGCUUCCGCACCCUCCUUAUCCCCUUCCCCUGUAAUCCUCUCCCAAGACGAGCUCAAGAAAAUCGCCGCCUACAAGGCCGUCGAAUUCGUCGAAUCCGGCAUGGUCGUCGGCCUCGGGACCGGCUCCACGGCCAAGCACGCCGUCGACCGAAUCGCUGAUUUGCUCCAACAAGGUAAGUUGAAGGACGUUAUAGGCAUCCCAACGUCCAAACAGACCCACCAGCAAGCAUCGUCUCUCGGAAUCCCGCUUUCGGAUCUCGAAUCUCACCCCAUCCUCGACCUCGCUAUCGACGGUGCCGACGAGGUCGACCCAGAUCUCAAUCUGGUCAAAGGCCGUGGCGGGUCUCUGCUUCGGGAGAAGAUGAUCGAGGGCGCCGCGAAGAAAUUCGUGGUCAUUGUUGAUGAAUCGAAGUGGGUUCCCCACGUCGGAGCCAGCGGGGCGAUGCCGGUGGAGGUCGUGCCCUUUUGCUCCAAGUUCACGCAGGACAGCCUGGGGAAGAUUUUUGAAUACGCUGGCUGUGUGGCGAAAUUGAGGACCCUUUGCGGAGAGGAAGGCGGAGAGCCGUUUGUGACUGAUAACGGCAAUUACAUUGUGAACUUGUUCUUCAAGAGCGAUAUUGGGGAUUUAGGGGCUGCCAGCGAUGCCAUUCACAGGCUUCCUGGAGUCAUUGAGCAUGGUAUGUUCAUUGGUAUGGCGACUGCUGUUAUUGUUGCAGGUGAGCUUGGAGUCACCGUUAAGACCAAAUCGUGA